CCUGCACACAAAGUAAUACGCCUUCUUGCAACAUUAGCAUUAUGUUCUUUCUUUUUUUUCAUUAAGUUUGGGAGUGAGUCGCCAGCCCUGGGCUUGCAUCAGCUAACCACAAAGAAUAAAUCAGGAGUUUAGUGUGCCAUUUCAAAUCUCAUCAUGGUAUUAAUGCUAAUCCACUGUAAACUUCACGUUUAACACACGCGUGCCAUGAUACACACGUGAUAACAUUUACUGAACUGAAUCUAGACUAUUUUAAAACGCAGUCCAUUUAAAAAAAAACUCAAAUAGUGUACAUUUUCUAUAAUAUGUGCGACCUUGUCUUCCAGUAAAAUAAAAUAAAAUAUAAAUAAAAAAAACACACAUAAGGUCAACAUAAUGUUGUGUUGCAUUUUAUUUUCAAAAGUUACCUACUAAAGUUAAUGUAGGCGAGUCAUAACGCCACACAUGCUUAGUUUGGUGCAAUAAUUUGCACACCUUGUUUGUUCUAAUGGGAUCAUUUUACAACAUUUCGCUGAAUGAAAACUUUAUGACAAUUCAGUCAGAACUGUCGACACGUUUGUAGACGUCAUUGCACGUGCAUUAGUAAUUAUGGAUCUCGUGAGCGUGUGAAGCCUGAGAGUCAUACAUUUGAGUGGUGAGAACGAGUAUAAUCUGUUAAACCACAGAAGAGGCAAGAGUAGGUGAUACAAUGAAGCGAACUUUUAAUGAAAAUCCAACAAGGACAAAGGCAGGCUGCCUUCCUGUACAGUUGUUCAAUCAGAAGAAACGUAACAGACUACCAUUGACGUCAAAUCCUACUGAGAAAGAAUUCCAUUCCAGCAAUGAAUAUUCAUCUGCCCGAGGUUUUGAAUCUUCAUAUAGGCCAUCAGGAUUUUACCAGACACAUGCACCAAGCAAUCAAGUGGGUACUGCACAGGCCAGUCAGUGGGCCAACCAGGGAUAUCAGAGCGUGAAGUCUAAUGCAAGCAGUUCAGGAGGAGGCUUUGCACCAAUGGCACAUCCAAGUAGAGCUAAAAACACUGGAUCAAACAUGGGACAGCAAUCUUUCAGUUCAGGAAAUUGGCAAGAAACCAAACAAAGAAGUUUUCCUUCAACUAGUGGGAACGCUCAGAGCAAAGUCAACACAGCCAGCACUUACAGACAAGCUGACAUCCAAGAAUCUUUUCACAGACAACAAAACCAGUCAGAACCCGUUCACCAGUCACCAAAGCUGCAGUGGCCCAAACCUUCCACAUCAAGCUCUUCAACCACUGGAGUUGAGUCGCAGAGCUCUUCCUGGAAAUUUAAAUCUACUCCUCAGAUCAAUCAGUUUAACAAAGACAGUCAGAGCUGGUUUCCUAACAAUAGCUUUGAUGUGCCUCAGCCAAAGAAACCACCAGUAUUCAAGAUGAAACCUGCAGAAGAAAAAUCUCUGCGUCUUGUGACCACUGUAGUGGCAGGCAUGAAGCACUGGAGCCAGUACAGUGAUCGCGCUCCUUUCCUGUUUGAGGUUUCUGCUACACUAGAUUCAGCUGUUACUACUGGAAGUCAUGGUGCAAAGACAUUUCUUUUAAGAGAUGGAAUGAACGCUGUACAAUGUGUUUUUUAUGAAACUGACCGUGAACUUCCGAGACUAAUCAGAGGCCAGGUUCACAGAUGUGUAGGGAACUAUGAUAAGAAGAGAAACCAGCUAAAAUGUGUCUCAGUCAGGCCAGCAACAACUUUGGAACAAAGAAACUUUCCUGAAUCGGUUAAAGCUUCAGACAUGGAGAUGAGACAGUAUAUAAAAAUGUUGAAUGAAGUUUAACAAAUGACUCUGUAUUCUGUAUAACUGCUAUGAGAAUAUUGACAUAUCAGUUGAUUCUUCACGAAGUAAGAUAGCAAUAAGCAGUGUUGUAAACAGGCAUACCCUAAGACAUUCCAGUUUCAAAAUGUGCAUUUUAGCAUAAUUUUUUUUUGUUAAUUUAAAAUUUAAAAAACACUGAUGCAAAUUGUAAAGCUGCUAUUUUGUGACAUUAAAGGCAUAUUAUAUAUUGUGUUCUACUGUACAUGAACAGUACACAUGUUAAUAUUUAGGUCUGGGAGACAUAUUUAAUUUCCAAUCCAUUUGUUCCCCAACCAA